AUGGAGCCUGAAAACGCUGAAGCUAUCGAUGAUCAAAAUUCCAACCUGAAUGAUGACCAAAACAAUGAAGCGCAAGAGGCGGAAAUUGUAUUAAUAACAACUUCUCUUGGAGGAAUAAAGUCAUCAUUUUUUUCUUCUUUGAGAGCACAAAAUUUGUUAAAUUGUAAAAAAUUAAUGUAUUUUGUAAUAGACUCCAAUAGGGACACAAGCACAGCAAAAAACUUAAAAGACGGAGAAUUGUUUAAUAAAUGGAAAGAAGAUGAAUUACUGCUUUCUAACGAAGCUGGAGUAAUUUUACCUCAAAUAUUAGUUGAUGGUGUUUCGAUAGGAAAUGACAUCGCAUUACAAAAUUUAGAAGAUGAAGGAAAUUUAGAUUUCUUAAUAACUAGAUUAAAAUGCCCCAAUUGUUUAAGUGAUAAAUCUAACACUGACAUAAGUUGUCCUAGUUGUAAAUAUGAUUAUGUAAGUUUAAUUUCUGAAGACUUAAUUAAAAAUAAUGGCGUAAUAAGAAUAUUACAAGGAGAAUUAUAUAAUGAAGAACAAAUAGCACAAUAA